UUCAUUUUAACACCAACACAACACACAUCUUAUUCGUUCCCAUCUCAAUUUUCGGUCCUUUUAAAUUCCCCCACUUCGCUCUCUUUCUCUUCAUUCAUAAAUUACCUCACUGGCCACAUUACACAUAAACUUCUCUACAACUCCAGCAUGGUCAUGGGGGCUUAUCGCCAUUUUGAACCAAUCUCAAAAUGUAGCACCGAUGGGCGGUCGAAUCAAACUGUGGCUGCAGAUCUAGAUGGCACGCUUCUCGUGUCGCGAAGUGCUUUUCCUUAUUUCUUGCUUGUUGCUCUUGAAGCUGGAAGCAUUUUACGAGCGUUACUACUUCUAGCGUCGGUUCCAUUUGUUUAUUUUACCUACUUAUUCGUAUCUGAAUCUGUGGCGAUCAAUACGUUUAUUUUCAUAUCCUUUGCCGGGUUGAAAAUUAGAGACAUUGAGCUUGUUUCAAGGUCUGUUCUUCCCAAGUUUUAUGCUGAAGAUGUUCAUCCUCAAACUUGGAAAGUGUUCAACUCCUUCGGCAAGCGUUAUAUAAUUACUGCCAAUCCGAGGAUUAUGGUGGAGCCAUUUGCGAGGACCUUUCUGGGAGCGGAUAAAGUUAUAGGGACUGAAUUAGAAGUUUCAAAAUCUGGUAGGGCAACUGGGUUCGCCAAGAGUCCUGGAGUUCUUGUUGGAGAACACAAAAGAGAAGCAGUCUUAAAGGAAUUUGGCACCAGUUUGCCAGAUUUAGGCCUGGGAGACAGAGAAACUGACCAUGAUUUCAUGUCAUUAUGCAAGGAGGGUUUCAUGGUGCCGAGGACAAAAUGUGAGCCGCUACCGAGAAACAAGCUGCUCAGUCCUGUGAUAUUUCACGAGGGUCGAUUGGUACAAAGACCUACUCCUCUAAUUGCUCUAUUGACCUUCCUGUGGAUGCCGAUUGGCAUUAUAUUAUCCAUUCUCAGAGUCUAUCUCAACAUCCCUUUGCCUGAACGUAUUGCAUAUNUGUAA